UCUUCCUCCCCUUUUUUUUUCUUUCUUUCUUUUUAUUAUUAUAUUAUGUAUGUAUAUGUAUAUAUUUCUUUGGAGGAAUAUUCAAGCUAAGCAUCUCUCUGUCUCUCUUCUUCAGUUCUUUGUCUACACUGAGCUCAUUGAUUGUAAUCCAAUAGUUUUAUCAGUGGCAACACUAGUACUUCUGAUCAUUAAGUAAGAAAUUAAGGAGGAGUGGCUAGAAGAAGAAGAAGAAGAAGAAGAAUGAAAGACACGUUGUUGACUUGGUUGUGGGCUUGGAUAUGGCCACUAGUCUGGCUAGCUCUGAGCUUGGUGAUAGUGAUGAAGAUCAUGGAGGUGUUUUACUUGAGACCAAAGAGGAUCGAAAAGCAUUUCUCAAGGCAAGGGAUAAAAGGACCUUCAUACCGCUUUUUCAUUGGUAAUAUGAAGGAGAUGGUCACUUUGAUAUUUGAAGCCUCCUCCAAGCCCAUGCUGCCUUGCAAUUCUCACAACAUCUUGCCCAGAGUUCUCUCCUUCUACCACCACUGGAAGAAGAUUUUUGGCUCCACAUUUGUUCUCUGGUUUGGACCCGUAGCUCGUCUCACCGUCGCCGAUCCGGACCUCAUCCGAGAGAUCUUCGUGUCUCGAUCCGAAUACUUCGAACGAUAUGAAGCUCAUCCUCUGGUCCGGCAGCUCGAAGGCGAGGGCCUCGUCAGCCUCCGAGGCCAGAAAUGGGCUCACCAUCGGAAGGUCAUCAACCCAACAUUCCACAUGGAUAAUCUCAAACUGUUGAUGCCGCUGAUUGGCAAGCGCAUGGUAGAGAUGGUGGAGAACUGGUCGUCCAAAUCAUCAUCAGGAGAGUUUGAGAUAGAUGUCUAUGAUUGGUUCCACAGCUUGACCGAGGAUACCAUCAGCCAAACAGUGUUUGGUAGAAGCUAUGAAGACGGCAAGGCCGUUUUCCAAUUGCAAGCUCAGCAGAUGCUCUUUGCAGCUGAGGCCUUCUACAAAGUCCUCAUUCCCGGCUACAGAUAUUUACCGACAAAGAAGAACACCAUCUCAUGGAGGCUAGAGAAAGAAAUAAGGAGCAAAUUAGUGAGGCUAAUCUUUAAACGGAAGGACGAUCAUGAAGAUGAAGAGAAGACUGCAGGGGAGGAUGGGAGAGCAAAGGACCUGCUGGGCCUGAUGAUAGAUGAGAGCAGGAAGCUGAGAGGCAGCAGCAACAUGAUCAUCAGUGUCCAAGACAUAAUGGAGGAGUGCAAGACAUUCUUCUUCGCUGGCAAGCAGACCACCUCCAGCCUCCUCACCUGGGCCACCGUUCUCCUCGCCAUGCACCAGGACUGGCAGGAGAAUGCGCGCCACGAGGUGCUCAGCGUGUGCGGGCCAUGUGACAUUCCCACCAGGGACCACCUCUCCAAGCUCAAGACUUUGGGUAUGGUGCUCUACGAGACUUUGAGGCUCUACCCCCCGGCCGUGGCCACCAUUCGAACCGCCAGAGCAGACGUCGACCUCGGGGGGUACCAGAUCCCGCGCGGCACUGAGCUGCUCAUCCCCAUCAUUGCCGUCCAUCACGACACCACCCUGUGGGGUCCUGACGCGGCGGAGUUCAAUCCGGCGAGGUUCUCUGAGGGCGUGGCACGCGCCGCCAAACACCCGGCGGCUUUUAUCCCCUUCGGGCUGGGGGCGCGCACAUGCAUAGGACAGAACCUGGCUCUCAUGGAGGCCAAACUGACAGUGGCUAUACUUUUGCAGAGGUUCUGGUUUCGGCUGGCGCCAAGCUACGUCCACGAGCCCACCGUCCUCAUGCUCCUUUACCCUCGCUACGGUUCACCCAUCAUCUUCCGCCAUUUGUCUUCACCCCGACACGAUCACGCUUCCACGUGACCGCUCACAUGCAAUCUCCAUCCUUUUCCUUUCUUAUUAAUUAGCUUAUUUAUUAUUAUUAUUAUUAUUAUUUCUUUUCAGGUGCACACACAUACACACGUAUAUAUAUAUAUAUAUAUAUAUAUCUAUGCUAGGAAUUAAUUCCCUUUGUACUUUUAAAAGAAGAAAGCAGCAAUUAACAAAGAAGUAGUUUGCUUUUGCUGCUGCUGCUCCUCCUCUCUUUAUGGAACUCUUAUCAUAUGAUGUAACAUUUCUCGUUGAUCUUUUGUUUUUCCUUUUCUUCUAUGGUACUUUUGUAUGUAUCGGAAGAGAAAUUUAGACUGAAUUCUCACUCA